AUGGGGAGUUCGGCCAGAAGAAUCAACGUCGAUAAGGCUGUUGCUCUUGGUGAUGACCUGAUCGCGGUCCUUAAUAUGAAAAGAGAGAGUGACAGCUUGAUGGAGUGCCUGGAAGGAGCGGAGACGCUCCGAUGUUCAUGGGAAGCUGAGUUCUGCGAGGUUCAGAGUUCAAUAGAAGGUUUAGUGCGUUUGCUUUUCCUCGUAAUGUCUGCUUAUCUUUUUUACCAUUUUAAUUUCCAUUAUCUUGUGCAUUAAAUUUAAAUGGGCCUCUUCAGCUUUCUGGAUUUCACGUAGGUCUUUUCCCAAUGCUAUGCUUUGGAAAUACUUAUUGUAUAUCCAUAUGAACUACUUCCUCAUAACUUGUAACGUGAUAAAUUUCUAUAAAUAUUCUGUAAAUUUAUCAUAUUUAAGGCCAAUAUUUCGACUCUAAUAUUUGUUCAUUAUUGCCAGAGGGCGCCUAAGAUACGUCUCCAUUGAGAAACCUAAAAAUUAAGAUGCGUCUCCAUAGGAGCUCAUGACUGUAAAGUGGAUCGACUGGGGAUGUAAUUCUAAGAGAGUAGGACCACUAUUUACACCAUUGUUGUGAGUAUCUUUGCUCUGUGCUUACUAAUAAAUUUGCUCACGAGUCCUGUGAUGAAAAAGUCCACAGCUUUCAGUGAUGAGGAUGUUAUAAUAACCUUUUCUGUUACAUCAGAAAAGUGCAUUGUAACUAGCAAUAGAAACUUUACAUUAGGAAAGAAAUAUAUCAUAACUGGUCAUGGAAGAGCUAGGAGUUGAUUUCACCGUUGAUUGACUGCCUCGGCGCGUGGGUCUUCCUUCCAGCAUAUACUUUAAAAUAAGUCUCAUCAUGUGCAUGCAUUUUCAUGUCAGUUCCCACAUAUGGUCCCUUUUCACUGGAUUCAAUAACAAAUUCUUUUGAGCUAUAGUCUUGAAACUUCAGUUCAAUUUAAAAUUAUAUUUGGUCCAACUGAAAUUUGAUUGUUUCUAAGGGAUCAAACAUGAUUCUAUUCGCUCUUCAUUUCUUUUGUCCAGCAUGUGAGUGCCCUGCACCGGAUUAGGGUAAUAGUGAAUGGGUUAUGCUAUCUAUCUUGUUGAAGUCCAAACAUAUCACACGGCAAUUUAGUUAAUUUUUUUCAAUUCAGUAGAUUAUCGUAUCCUGUCCUAUUAAGAUAUGAUUGUAUUCUUAAUGGUUCACUGCGAGGCCAAGUGAUUUGUUAAGAUAUAUUGAUGAGUUCAUCAAUUUUUCUGACUUUUCACCUGUUAAUUUCCUCUUACUUGGACUUUAACUGUCAUUUCUGACAUCAAGAUUAUCUGACAUUUCCGAGUGCAGGCUGUCACCAGAGGAUUGAGGUGUGCAAACAACAGAUAGAUGGAGCAAAGAAUGAAACAGUUUCUGAUGAAGAAUUUGAGCGUCUUCAGAGUGAGUUGGAGAAGGAAGUGAACGAUGAGAAAUUACUUCUCAAGGAACUUAGAUAAGCAUUAGCCCUUUCCUGUGCAUUUUACCUACCAAACAUGCAUUUAAACUUCGGCUGAUAUUAUAGUUACCUUCCUAACACAGAAAUCAGAGAUAAGAUUGGUGAUCUUGAGAGUAAGAGAAUUUCCAUUGAAAACCAGAGGGCAGACAUGAAGAGAAAAGAGAAAGAUGAACUGAGGAUGCAGUGAGUUAUUCUUGAUUUACUCUAAUUUAGCUGUGAUUUGGAACCUGUGACUCAAGUAGUGUCUUUCCCACUGUUGCGCUUGAACUUCCAAGUUUCUUUCAUUUCUGCACAAGUUCUUGGGUACAGCUUUUUAAUGGUUUUAACUCGAAAGCUUUUUUCAUGAUGGUCUGAGGAUCGCUGCAUUUACAAGCCAGUGUUUGUCUUAUGAGAAAUUGUUCCUUUUUGCUCAAACAUCUCAGAAACGUAUAGCUUAAGUUAAAAAGUCAACGCUUUUGCUUAAGAAGACAGUGACUGGUACCACGAAUGAUCAAUGAUUUUUCCUUCUUCAGAACAAUAUUUUCCGCUCUCUUCGAUUGCAGCACUCCUCUUUCACAGUAUUCCUGCUUGUUUUCCUUAUAUCAUUGAAAGCAACAUGUGAGCUUGCUUAUUUUCUCGAAGCGCCUGCCAUUUUUUGAAUAUCUGAUCGAUAUGUUCGCUUUUCUAUAUAUUAAAAACUUACUGAAGAAUAAUCUAUUAAGAUCUUAUCCUUUUCCUCCAGGAACAUGCUCUGUAUGAGCACCCAAGUGACGCGGAUCAUCCCUGAUUUAGAUGAUCGAGUGGGCAUCUCUGGCUGUAUCCUUCUCUACAAGAAGCUUCUUCCACUCAUCCGAGAAACAUAUAUUUCAUUGUGUUGGAAGAUUUUCUCUAUGGUUGGUUUCCUUACAGGGUAUGGGUGCAGAUAUUGUGGACAGCGAGAAGAACAAGUUUGAGAAAUUCCAGUUCGAAUCCACACCCUCCCCAUUCGAGACCUGCAACAAGCUGUGGAAGAUGCUCGAAUCAUGA